UUCCACCGAUCGUGCUUCAACUGGUUAUAGUCCCAGUUAUUGGCAAUUAUGAUUUAACAAGCUUGAAAUUUUUAUUCUGUGCUACUGCUCUGUUAAGUGAAGAGUCGAGUAAUAUGUUCAGCAACAAAUUUGGUACACAAGAUUAUGGACUUACUGAAACUACACCGAUCAUUACAAUGGAUAGGACUGAUGAUAUCACAAUUGAACUUGGGAUUAACGAACAAGGUGAACUAUGUGUUCGUGGUCCAAACAUUAUAAAGACCACUAAAAAAUGUAUUAGUAAAGAUGGAUUUUUCCGUACCGGAGAUGUUUCUUUUAUUAAUAUUAAUAAAAAUG